AUGCCUAACAAUAUCCUGGUCGUGGGGGCGAGCCGCGGCCUGGGAGCGUCCCUUGGAGCUCUAUACUCGAAAGACCCCUCCAACCAUGUAUUUGGAACGACACGUUCCUCUUCUCCGGAAUCGACAUCUUCAAUCACUUGGCUGACCGAAGUUGACGUUGCCCAGCCUGAUGUGGGCCAGAAGAUUGUCUCACAGCUACCGCAGGCUGCCAAGCUUUCAACGGUGAUUAUCACCGCGGGAUACUUUGGCUUUGAGACAUUCGAUGAUCCAGACUGGGAAAAGCAGGUUCGCAUGUACACAACAUCAGCGAUCGGGCCUGUCUUUGUGGUACAGAAGCUUGUGAAGGCAGACCUUCUGAGUGAGGGUAGUAAGGUAAUCCUGGUCAGCAGUGAGAGUGGCAGCAUCACUCUCCGCCAUGAGAAGGAAGGCGGGGGCAACUUCGGCCACCAUGCCAGCAAGUCUGCAUUGAAUAUGGUUGGAAAGCUACUCAGCCUGGACCUGAAGCCUAAAGGAAUCGCAGUGGGAUUGGUACACCCCGGCUUCAUGCGAACGGAAAUGACAAAGAGCGUUGGAUUCGAUAAAUACUGGGAUGCUGGCGGAGCCGUGACACCUGAUGAAGCAGCUCAGUCACUCGCAUCCUUUGUUGAUACAUUCGACAUUGGCAAGACGGGCGAAUUCUGGGCGCCACGAGGACCAGGAGAUAUUGGGACGGCCGAAGACGUACUUGGAAAGGGCCUGCCAACGCCCUUGCAGCUGCCUUGGUGA